ACGUCACAUCCGACUCAAACAACGGCGCGCGGUACGUUUGACCACAGUGUAUCUAUGAACUCUUUCCUACACUUUGGUCUCUGACAAGAUGGAGUUUGAGACAAACUAAGUUGCAGGGACGUCUUCAUGACUCGCCUCUGAGCAGAAGACACCGUCUUUCAUUUAUGUCGCGCGGACAGCGAUGCCGCUGACUUCCCUACUUCCGGUGUCAUCAUGUCCCAGACCAACACCUCUCUCCUGGACGAGGUGGCGCAGUGGAGUCAGGAAACCUGCCGCCAGGAGCUCAAGUCUGUCCUGCCGAAACUUAACUCUCUGCAGCACAAAUCCGAGAGCUGGGAUGAUCAUAUACGUAUACUGAAGAUAAUCACAGACAUGUUCCUGCCACAUAUUGGUUUGUCAGAGCUGGAAGACGAGUGCUUCUCCAAGACCUUACCACAGGCUGUGGCAGUGUUUGACAGCAUGAUGAAAGAAAUCUCAGACCAAGUUGGAGAACUGUCGAGUCAAAAUACUGAGCUGUGUGCCUUACUAAGAAACAUUCUUCAGGCAAUGAUGCAGAUAAUCGAUGCAUUAUCCGCGUGUGUGCGUCAUGUUGGCUCAUUCGAGGAAGCUCCGGACCUGGAUGCCAUCCGCUCCUUACCCACUUGUAUCCUGAAAGUCCUGAGGGAAACCUUUCAGCACUGCAAGGAGAGCGAGGUGGUUUACUGUGGCCGUCUGUCCCUGGUGGCUGACCUGCUGCAGGGACUCUUCAAGGAGGCGUAUUCCCUUCAGAAGGCUCUGCUGGAGCUGUUGGACAGGAUCUCCCUCGAAAGCAGCGCCUCCAAGGAGGAGGUCUCUGACAUCGUUACAGUGAUUCACAGCAUGCUGGAUAUCUGCUCUGUUAUCUCCAACCUGGACAUAGCACUUCAUGCAAACACAUGGAAAUUCCUCAUCAAACAGAGUCUGAAGUACCGGUCAUUGGUGGAGGAACAUCUACAUCAUGGUGACAUCAGUACCAGCCUGUGUGAAAACCUGCUGGCCUCCUUCCAUAACUGUGUGGAGUUUUCUGAGCAGAUCAAACAUGCUGGUCUACAGGAGGCAACUCAAAGCCCAGAAUACAAGUUGUUCCAGAAAACUGCAAAGAUGUGCAGAUUUUUUGCCAACACAUUGGUUCAUUACAUAAAGGAAUUCAAAUUUUUUCUCACAAAAUAUUGUAGCUGCUAUCACCAGCUCUACCUUCAGAUCGUCAGUCAGUUCCCUCCAAGCCUGUGUGCUCCAACGCAGCCCAAGGCUCUGUCUGAGGAGUUGAACGCAGCAGCUCUAGUUCCCAUGGACGCCCUCCUGCUCCAGUUGUUGCCUCUAAGGCCGUUCGCUGAAGUUGUCCUCCAGCAGGACCUGCGGUUGAGUCCUGAACAUGAGCUUCCUCACUGUCUUCUGUUGGUGAGUGUCCUGAGUCAGCUGGCCUCCCAGCCAGAGGAGGUGCUGCAGCUUUGGUUCACUGGGAGACAGUUCUCAGAAGAUACACCAAGGCUUCCUCUAUACAAGGCCCUGUUCUGUAGUUUCCGUCGUUGCUCUACUGAGCGUAAAGUGCCAGUGCUCUUGCCAGGGGUGAUGAUGAGGGGUCAGGCCCAGGUCCCGGUCACUCUGCACCACCAUAUCUGCGUGUAUCUCUGUGCCAGUGUGGCUGCACUUCCUCCGGUUUACUUCGCUGUGCUGGAGCGUUGUUUGGUUGAUGCAGUCCUGCAGCCUGAUACACAGACGGCUCUACUGGCAACAGAUGUGUGGUGCUUUACAGCACGGUAUGGGACAGCAGAACUUUGUCUACAUCAUGUCUGCCUCAUUGCUCAGCUGGUAAAAACGUGCACCACCGAGUGUUACCAGUCGUUCCACAUGGGCCUGCUGCUUAAACGCAUGGUUUUCCUUAUGACACCAAACCACCAGAUGGAGCUGGUGAUGUGUUUCCCACCCUCUGAGGAGGAAAACCUACCAGUGUGGCGCCAUAUCCUCCUCAGAGCUCUUUCACAAGAGGUCCGUCAGCGCGUAGAGACGGACAUCAUUGGCAUUGCACAAAAAGCUCUGAGCGACUGGCAGAGUGGAGGAUACAAACUGGGACAAGUGGACAGAGUGAAUGUGGUGCUAUUUUCCCUCCUAGCGGUGGUUCAUGGACAGUCGUCUCCUGAGGAACAGUGUGCGUUGUCUGUGAUGAGGAUGGUCACACAGCUCUGGUUAUGCAUGAGUCCAGAUCAGGUGCAGGCCCACCCUGUGCUCCAGUGCACUCUGCAGCUGCUCCUCUCCAUAUCGGCCACCGUGGUGAAAAACAUCGAACCUCAAGUCAUUUUUAAGACUCUACUGUGUGUGGAGGCUCUGGUGUCUCAGAAGUGUGCAGAUCAGCUGCUGCUGGCGGCUCUGGAGUUCCUGGCUUCCCUGGGGAAGAUAUUUGUCCCUCCUGACAGCCAGAGUCACAUCCUGCCGAAGCUGAGCAGCCUGUUUGGCGUCCUGCUGGCUGACAGAUCCUGGCUGCUACAUCAAAACGCACUGGAGGCCUUCUCUCAUUUUGCAGAGGUUACAAACCACGAGGAAGUCAUUUCCCACAGUUUGUGUGUAGAAGAAACGAAGACCAAGGUGGUGAAUUAUCUGAGCAAGACUGUGAAUGAACAGGAGGAUGCAGAGUCUCGGCUGCAGAGGCUCAAGAUGGAGACUGCAGAGAUUAAGCAACACAACGAGAAGCUAGAAAACGUCUGUGACAAACCGGCGGCUGAAACGGUCACAGAAUCAGAGCCAUGCCCAAAGAGAGCUCGGCAGGAGACCAGUGCAGAGGAGUACAGCCGCUACAUCCAAACAGCUGAGAGCGCUUUGAAAGCACUUCAGCUUCUCCUUGAAGGCCGAGACGCCGCCGCGGCUCCACCACUGUGGUUGGAAUCCAAACUGCAGGAGCUGCAGACUCUCGUAACACACAUCAGUACAGCCUCACACACAGUUUAGCAGCUCCAUAUUAUUUACAAAAUCUUUUUAAACGAGUAUUCCUGUUUUAUGUCAAUGUUUAUUAAACUUGUAUAAACACAAAGCAUUGAUUAGUAUAUUUUUUAUUCAGAAGCAAAUAUAACUGCCUUCACUGUCUAGGAAUAGAUCAGUAGGAGUUCUUCUACUUCUGUAUUGAGAACCCAGAGUGAGGCUUUUCUGUGAAAGAAUGAUAUUGUCAGCAGCCCCUAAAGAAUAGGGACACUUUGAUACAGUAAAAUCUUUAUUUCACCAGCAACCAAAAAACUACUAAUAAAUUAUGUAAUUCAUAUUUCACAUUCAUUCAAAGUGCAAGCCUUCUGUAAGUCAAACCUGACACAUUAUUCAAGUUGUAACUAGCCAAAAAGGGUUUCUUGAUCUUGAUGCCAGUAUCGAAGAUGGCACAUAAAAAAAAGAAAGAAAUAAGAAUUAAAGAAGAUGAAAACAGUUCACCUCUGAUCCUCAUUCAUUUUUAGGUGACUAGUAUAAGUUGGCAAAAAUAAAAGUGGCUUAAUUUGUCCACGUCUAACACCAUUUGAUUAAGCAGACGAUCCUUCCAGUUCUAAAUAAAAUUAUCUCGAUGAAUAUACAGAUCAUAAAUGUCCGGGAAUCAAGAAAAUUGGACAUUUUUACACCAUUAUUCUUACUGCAUUGUGUUAAAUGAGAACUGGAACAAAUCCAGUUGACUGUGACGCGGUCUCUUCUAGAGGUGGUGGGCUUCUACAUUUAUCAAGUCUUUUGCUGCAGAUGAAAAAGACGGAGCAGUUAUUGUCACCAGGCAUUUUCAUCCUCCCAGUUCAGGUCAUCACCAUCUCCCCAGCCAUCCGCUUCCAUCUUUAAAAGAAAAAGAAGAAAAUGUAAACUAAGUGCAUUCUAUUGGGCCUAUUAAAGAGAAUGAAGUCGUAACAUUAUGCGAAAAAUCAAUUUUAGGAGGAAAUAAUGUCAGAAUUUUACGAGAAUAAGCUAAAUGAAAUCGUAUUUUACGUCGCAUUUACUUUUAGAGGGGAAAUAUUAGGAGAUGAUCCCGCCUCGUGAUCUUGUUCACCUAUACUAUGGGUAUAGGAUUCACAAAUAAUGAAAUACAUCAGCACCAGGACUUUGCCUUUUUUGUGGAGAAGGAAAUGGCAGGUCAUUUUUUCCCUUCUUUUUCUCCAAAUGACUUUUUCAUCAUUAAAUUGCAACUUUGUUCUUGUGAUAUGACUUUCUUCUCAAUCUCAAAUAUUUGGUUUUUUUCUCACCUCUGUCAGACUGGAGGCUGCAAACUUGGCCGUGAGCAUGAUGGUGUCCACGUGCGACUCCACCUCCAGAGGUUCAGUGUUCUCUGAGGAAGCCGACAGUCGAGCGCCACUCACGCCACUUUCUUCCUGUGACAGCGGAGCCGCAGAAGACGGCUUGAUGUCUGGCACCAUGUCAGCAAACAAAUCCAGCUCUGGGUCUUGCUCAAGCUUUUUCUUCACCUUAAUGGUGAACUCCUCCCCCAAAACUGCUAUCCUGCCGUUCUUUUGUGCCGCUCUGGGUUUGGGGUUGCGCGGACCGUACAAACUCUCCUCCUUUUCCUCUUGAGCCCAGCCGAUGUCCCAUGAGGAAGUGAUCAUGCCCUGUGUGGAUUGACGCAAUGUCGAGGUCAAUUUGAGAGGUUUGGAGGAUCCCAGUCUUGGUGGUUCAGGAGAAUGUUUUAUAGAUGAAAGAGCAGUGCCCCCUCUUGGCGACAUGAGUAUAACAGGGUCUGUUAAAGGAGCAGUCGGGGAGAGAUCGGAUGUAGGCUCCGUGUCCUCAAAGUCGUCCCACGGCUCCUCCUCAGUGUUGAGGCUUGAGAGUGGCUGCCCACUGCCGACUGGAUCUGCUCUCUCCGAGGCCUCGAUGUGGAUCUGGACCGACUGUCCAUUUCUGUUCUUGCCUUCUUCUGUGUCGCUCCAGUCCGGCCAGUCUUCCACUGGGCCUUCUCGUCUGUCUGGCUGCUCUGGGCUGUAUGACAAUGGCUCAACCUCACUGACCGGAUGAGGGCCGUUCAAAGGCAGAGACAUCGGUCUACUCAAGUCUGAAAGCCACAAGAGACGAGGCAGACAGAGCGUCAGGCACAGUUAUGUCAAAGUGUUAUAUUUAAAGGAAUAGUAUUAGGUGUGGUGUUUUACCUGAUUUUGUUGCCAGGGGGUAACUUCUUGGAUUCUCCCUCCCAUCUGCUAAACUACCAGUAUUACCCAGGAGCAGACCUUCAGUCCCUGACGGUCUGGAGAAUAAGUUUAAGACUUUGGAAGGCUGGGCCAACUGAGGCUGGGAACCUCCAACUACAUGGACGGGUGAAGCUAAGAAAGAAAGAGAUAACGUUUUUUUUCUUUUAAACCUUAAACAUUCAGUAAAUGAUGUACCGAGAAUGUAGAUCCUUUUCAACAAUCCAUUCACUCAUAGGUGGUAUUCAUCUGUGAUUUGAUUUUUUAAGCCCCAGUGCGUAAUGUUUUUACUUUUCUGGCGGCAUCUGGUGGUAAAAUUGCAAACCGCAACCAACUCACCACCGACAGGGGACAUUUAAUGGUGGGGGACCGCUAAUUCCAUUUCCGAUUUUCGACGUAUUCUUGAUUGUUUUCUGCAACUGUAUUUAAUGCUGGGUUUCCAUUAUACCUCAGAACUCAGACCUCGGAAGUCGGGGUGGUAAUUUUUGGUCCGACCUCCAGAGUUGCAGUGGAACCGGAACACAGCAAAACACGACGUAGCGAGCAUGGCGAUUUACACAGAGGUCGGGUCCCCCUAAUGUUACUUUAUUUAACUCUUACUCAUUCAAAGUUGACUAAAAAACAUAGGUUCUUUGUUGCAGGUGAUUAUACAUGUGAACAACAAUUAUGGACAAUAUAUUAAAUGUCUGUGAAUACUUUCUUCUCAAUAUUACACACUGUAGCUUUAAGUAGUGACGCGAUUAAUGUAACAUCAAUAUUAGUAAGACAAACAUUCUGACAGUACGAAACAAGCUCUUAAAGCUCUGUCCUUCCUCAUGCCUUUGUCUUAUCCAACAUAUUGCUGCUAGGGUCUUCCUGCAGUUCCAUAAGUUUGACCCUUCAUGUGCUCUUAUUCAUGUUACUGGGUUACUUUGAGAUUGAAUAAUAAUAUUUGCUUUUUAAAAUCAUUACGAAACAUCAUUAUUGUCAUUAUUAGGCCAGUGUUACUUACUUUCGGGGGUGACCUCUGUGGACCUGGUGAAGUUCGGUGUGGUGCGUUUAAAGACCUUGGUUCUCACUCCGCCAACUACCACUUGAGCUCCCAGCAAGGGCACCAACACCGCCAGACUCUGCAGCGUCAUAGCAACCAGAGCAUCACUGGUGUCUCUCAUUCCUAACAAAACCUGCAGCCAGAGGAAAACGAAAAGAUUUUAUGUAACAAAGAGAUAAUUACAUAACGACAUUUGUCAGUGUCUACCAAGCCCUUUUUUCCAACACGUAGAAAACAAACAUUUAUUUUUGGCCCUCAUGUCUUGUAUAUUUCACAAUCCAUGUUUCCGAUAUUGAAGCAAUAGAACUGGUUUGAGCUGAGCUAUGCUAACUGGUUCUACCUGCUUCCAGUCUUUAUACUAAACUCAUCUAAACUCCACUAGGCUUUAGCUCCUCAAGUAAUGUUAAGACAUGAGAGUCGUAUUAAUCCUCACACCAAAGUCUCAAAAGAAAAAAGGAUGACAUUUGUGCUACUCCACCUGAGGCAGGAUCUGGUUUUUGAGCUCAUCGUGGGAGAAGAACUCGCCGUAGAUGUGAAUGUGAGCCAGUAGCACGAUCCGCACGUGUUCCUCGUUGACCUUGUACAGUUUCAGAAGUUGAGGAAUCACAUGUUUACGGUAUAGGGUCACGGACAGCAGGCAUUCUUCACUGCUACUUCCACUACUGGAAUCUAUCGACACGGGAAGAAAUGAAGAGGAGUCGUCUGAGCAGGAUCCACUUUCAGUUUUCCAUAUCAAGUUAUACUUGACGGUGUCUGUAAUUUUAAUGGGGGAUCCAAUAAAAUGCCACCGUACCAAUCUUUGGCCUUAGAAGAUGAGGCAGGAAGCUUUUGACAGCAAUGGGUUCUGCAAAAACUAGAGAGUUGAGGAGUUUGGGGACAAGACGCGCGGCUGUCAGCUCUUCGGGGAGACUCUGGAUCCGGUCUAGCAGAAACCUACGCAAACAAAUGAAUGCAAACCCAAUUGUGAUUAUUGUCGACCUACAAUAUUACACAGUACAAUCCUGAGAGAUUUAUAUGUAACUAAAAGUUUAAAAGUGGGGCCUGCCUUGGUAAAUAAUGUAUGACUUGUAUAUGAUACUACGUUUCGUAUGAACAAACAACAAAAGAGCAACCAGAAUAAUAAGUCAAACAAGAAGAAAGAGCUUAUCGUUUCUCACUUGAAGAAUUCAUUCUUUUCUUCUUCUGUCUUCAAGGUCAGGCUCUUCAGAAAAUUCAUCACUUCCAGAAAGUCAUUCCUAUUAAUAGAAAGAUGCGGUUUGAAAACAAAUUACCUUUUCAGUAUGUUCUUGUGACAAUAACAGCAAACAUGAUCGCACAGACCUGAAAAAGUCAUGAGUGAGCAAAGAGCUGAGCGGAGGUCGAGACAAGGGGUCAGAUAUCAGCGGGCCGGCCUGCAGGGUCUUCGUCAGACUGUCAGACAACUCCUUCGACACUGGAAACCACAGGGGCAAGUGAGGGAGUGAUCAAGUGAACGAGACGGUACAUACUGGAAAAAUUUUGACAAGAUGUAAGAUAAGGUUUAAGGUCACAAGGUCAUCUCCACCCACCAUAAUCAUUCAGGAGGGGGACAAGGUUCUCCACCAUCAUUCCAAAAGAGUAACAGUCCCGGGAGUGAGCGUGUUUAUCCGGAAGAAUUUUAAAACCCUCAACCUGUCAAAAAUGUGUUUCAUGAGAACUUGUAAACAAAAAGAAUAAAAGAAUUCUAUUUUUCACAUGAUGACUUCUGAUCUGCUUACCUGCUCCUCUGGAGGAACACAGCUGGCCUCUCUCACACUCUGUAUGCUUUUGAGAAACUGAAUAGUUCCAGAAAAAUUUAAAAUAUAAAUUUCAUAUAUGGCAAAGUGAAUCUUCAAAUGUCUGAUCUAUUGUAGCAACUUUUUCUUUUUGGGAGGAAAAUAAAAUGUCACACGCA